GGGCGGUCACAGGCGCCCGGCGCGCGCUGCAGGUGGCAACUUGGAGGUGCCGCGGCUCCUGCUGCGGGAGGAGCCCUGGUCUGGCGGCCGCUGCAGCCUCGGGGUGCUCUUUUCCGCCGCCGAUCCCGCCUUUGGACCCGGGAGAGCCCGAAGAGGAAAGCCGCUGUGCGGGAACCCGCGAGCCUCCCUCCCUUGCCUCUGUCCUUGCGCUACUUUUCCCAAGGAGGGCUGAGCCGAAAGGGCUGCGAACCGGCUCCGGGAGGGACUGAAAAGAAGGCUCCGAGCCAGCCAGGAUCCGAUUCCGAAUCCAAGCCAGAGCAGGAAGCUGAGUCCCAAGAGGCUGCAGGGCCACAGGGUCGAGAGGGGGCCCAGCAAAACCCUGGAUCAGAGCUGAGUGCUGAGGAGCAAAGGCAGGCACUGGAACAGUUCGAGGCUGCUGCUGCAGCACACAGCACUCCUGUGAGGAAGGAGGUCACUGAUAAGGAGCGGGAAUUUGCUGCUGGAGUUGCAAAGCAGCUUGAGUAUCAGCAAUUGGAAGACGAUAAACUUUCUCAGAGAUCAUCUAGCAGUAAACUAUCCCGAUCUCCAUUAAAGAUUGUCAAAAAGCCUAAAAGCAUGCAGUGCAAAGUGAUACUUUUGGAUGGAUCAGAAUAUACCUGUGAUGUGGAGAAACGCUCCAGAGGCCAAGUACUCUUUGAUAAAGUAUGUGAACAUCUGAACUUGCUAGAAAAAGACUACUUUGGGCUUACAUAUCGAGAUGCUGAAAACCAGAAGAAUUGGUUGGAUCCUGCGAAAGAAAUUAAAAAACAGGUUCGAAGUGGUGCUUGGCACUUUUCCUUUAAUGUGAAAUUUUAUCCACCAGACCCAUCUCAACUAUCUGAAGAUAUUACCAGGUACUACCUCUGCUUACAACUGCGAGAUGACAUCGUGUCAGGAAGGCUACCCUGCUCCUUUGUCACACUUGCCCUGCUGGGCUCCUACACUGUUCAGUCAGAACUUGGAGACUAUGAUCCAGACGAAUGUGGGAAUGAUUACAUUAGUGAGUUUCGCUUUGCACCAAAUCACACAAAAGAAUUGGAAGAUAAAGUGAUCGAGCUGCAUAAGAGCCACAGAGGAAUGACACCAGCAGAAGCAGAAAUGCAUUUUUUGGAAAAUGCCAAAAAGCUAUCCAUGUAUGGAGUAGAUUUACAUCAUGCCAAGGAUUCUGAAGGAGUAGAAAUUAUGUUAGGAGUGUGCGCCAGUGGCCUGUUGAUAUAUCGAGAUCGGCUUCGAAUAAACAGAUUUGCCUGGCCAAAAGUUCUGAAAAUUUCAUACAAACGGAACAAUUUUUAUAUUAAGAUCCGGCCAGGAGAGUUUGAACAGUUUGAAAGCACUAUUGGGUUUAAGCUGCCAAACCAUCGAGCUGCCAAGCGUUUAUGGAAAGUUUGUGUUGAACAUCAUACAUUUUUCAGGCUUUUACUACCAGAAGCUCCUCCAAAGAAAUUCCUUACCUUGGGCUCCAAGUUCCGUUAUAGUGGCAGAACGCAAGCCCAGACAAGAAGAGCCAGUGCAUUGAUAGAUCGUCCUGCACCUUACUUUGAACGCUCAUCCAGCAAACGUUAUACCAUGUCUCGCAGCCUGGAUGGAGCAUCAGUGAAUGAAAACCAUGAAAUAUACAUGAAGGAUUCUGUAUCUGCUGCAGAGGUUGGUACUGGCCAGUACGCCACAACAAAGGGCAUCUCUCAGACCAACUUGAUCACCACUGUUACUCCGGAGAAAAAGGCCGAGGAGGAACGUGAUGAGGAAGAGGAUAAGAGGAAAAAGGCCGAGGAAGCCACGCCUGUCGCAGCCAUUCGACAUGAGGGAAAGUCAUCUGGGCUUGGCACUGACUCAUGUUCCCUGUCCCUUCCAUCAGCUCAUCUUGCCCCUCCAUCUCCCACAGAGCUCCGUAGGAGGUGGAAGGAGAAUGGUCAUAAGCAACCGGGCUGCAAACUGUCCAAAGACCCCGUGUCUAAGUAUGGAGAGCCCGCCUUGGACUCUGACAGCAAAGGGAAGUCAUACCUAGGGGACCAAGAUGUUGCUUUUAGCUACAAGCAGCAAACCAGCAAAGGAACCACCCUGUUUUCCUUCUCCUUGCAGCUCCCCGACUCUUUCCCUUCUCUUCUAGAUGAUGAUGGGUACCUCUCUUUCCCCAACCUAUCUGAGACCAAUCUCCUUCCCCAGAGCCUGCAGCAUUACCUUCCCAUUCGUUCACCCUCUCUGGUCCCCUGUUUCCUCUUCAUCUUUUUCUUUCUGCUAUCCGCCUCCUUCUCAGUGCCAUAUGCCCUCACUCUCUCCUUUCCUCUGGCUAUGUGCCUCUGCUACCUGGAGCCCAAGGCGGCCUCCUUGACUGCCUCACUAGACAAUGACCCGAGUGACAGUUCAGAGGAAGAGACUGACAGUGAGCGAACAGACACUGCCGCUGAUGGGGAAACCACUGCCACUGAGUCGGACCAGGAAGAAGAUGCAGAGCUCAAGGCACAGGAGCUAGAUAAAGCUCAAGAUGACCUGGUGAAACAUCAAACCAACAUUAGUGAGCUGAAAAGAACAUUUUUAGAAACCUCCACAGAUACCGCCAUCACGAAUGAAUGGGAAAAAAGGCUUUCUACCUCCCCCGUGCGACUAGCUGCCAGGCAGGAAGAUGCACCCAUGAUAGAGCCACUUGUACCUGAAGAGACCAAAGAAGAAAGAGAGAUUUCUGAAAAGGUUAUAUUUUUGCAGCAAGAAAAAUCUUCAUUCCUUGAGUCUCAGCCAAGUGUGAAAAAAAGAAUGCAGGAAGGAGAUUCAACGAGCUCCAUGGUUACCUCUCAUCAAAUAAUUUUCCAGAAAACAAUUCCUUCGACCUUAGAGGGCACAGAGGAUUGGGUUAUUGUAGACAAAAUACCCUCUGAGAUAGUUGAUGGUGAUUCGAAAAAGCUUGUCACUUACAAGGUGAUAACUGUGAGCGGUAGAACCGAUGACAUCCCUGCCGACUUGCUGAGAUCUAGUACCAUUGAAAUGCAGAGUUUUGAUGACCUGACCCGAGAAAUGCAAUUGAAAGAAGAAAGCAAACAGAAAAUCUAUACAUUAGGAAAGUCCUAUGAUACCGUAUCUGGAAAAAUUGUCACCAUGACUGAAAAAGCUAAAGAGGGUGAGAAGGCUACGGAAGCAUCGACUCUGGAAGCUCUCCAGAGAAUGGAACGAGGACUGUCAGAGUCCGUGAAGCUCAUUCCUGUCAUGACAGAGUAUGAGGUCCUGGAAAUCGUCAGUGAUGAGAAAUCCAGAAGGGGGCCAGAGAUCCACACUCCGAAGCGCAGAGUGUCCGAGUGCCUGGCUCCCAUUAAGGAGGCCGAGUCCCGCAGGCAGAGUCCUGAAGAGGAUGAAGAGCUCAGGAAGGGUCACCCGCUGGGGAGGGACACGGCUCUGCACAGGAGCCUGGGAAGUGUGCGCUUCAGCAGAACGGAGCACGAACUAGAGAGUGAGGCUUUAAAAGUGGGACCCUUUGGUCCGAGAAGGAAGAGUCUGUCUGAAUGGAAGUACUCCCAGGAGCCAGCCGUGACCGUGGCCACAGCUCAUUAUGUUUGCGACACCUCUGCGCCCCAAGUCGUGACUAAACAGUCUUCAGGUGAAAAGCUCAUGGAUGGCUCUGAAAUCUUCAGUUUAUUAGAAUCUGCAAGAAAACCAACAGAAUUCAUAGGAGGGGUUUCUUCCACUUCUCAAAGCUGGGUACAGAAAGUGGAAACGAGGAUGGAGUCGAGAGAAAUUGAAACUGAAGCUGUGCCUGUCUCUAAUGUGGCGAAGGUCGUGCAGGAAAUGGUGUCGGAGAAGAGCCAAGUGAAGAAUGUGCAUGCUCAAGGGGAUGCGCCUUUUGCGGCUGGUGAUGAUGUAGCUGCUGCAGUCCGGCCAGGAUCUGCUGAUGCUUUGAGCAUGAAAGGGAAAGAGGGCUCUGCUCUGACUGAGGGGGCUAAAGAGAAAAAAGGGGAGGGAACCAAUAAGGCUUCCCUGGAGCCUGAAGUACUGGCUGCUGCUUCCCGUGAGCAAGAGGAGGAGCAGAGUACAGUGACCCGCAUUUCUGAAACUGUGGAACAAAAACCUCAUUUUGAGUCUUCAACUGUGAAAACAGAAACCGUGAGUUUCGGCAGUAUAUCACCAGGAGGCGUAAAGCUAGAAAUUUCUUCCAAGGAAUUACCAGUAGUUCACACAGAAACAAAAACCAUAACAUAUGAAUCAUCACAGGUUGAUCCUGGUGCUGACUUGGAGCCGGGUGUGCUAAUGAGUGCACAGACGAUCACAUCCGAAACCACCAGCACCACCACCACCACCCAUAUCACCAAAACUGUGAAAGGAGGCAUUUCAGAGACGAGAAUUGAGAAGCGUAUAGUCAUCACAGGAGAUGAAGAUUUUGACCAUGACCAGGCGCUGGCUCAGGCAAUUAAAGAGGCCAAAGAGCAGCACCCUGAAAUGUCAGUGACCAAAGUAGUGGUCCAUAAAGAGACAGAGAUCACACCAGAAGAUGGAGAAGAUUGACCCCAGGAUUAACUUAGCCUGCACAUGAAUCAAGUCAUGCAAACCAUUAAGAAAACCGAACCUAUAUGGAGUUCCCUCUUCUAAUCCAACUGAAUUGUAUCUGCUGGUGAACAAUGUCAAUCAGGAAGAACUGAACUUGAACAUAAUAAAGACACUGGCAGAGAGCUCUUCCCAUGAUAAGCAAUCCGAAUCAGCAUCACUAAACUGAUAAUGCAUGAAGCAACAAUUAAAUCACAAAAAAAGCAACAUUUUUGUUUUUCGCAGUGUCUUAAGUUUUCAGCUAUACCUGCACGUUCAUAACCAACAAUAUAAACUGUGAUCUCAUGUAACACCAACAAUCCAUGCCUUUCAAUUGAGAUUUCUUAGGUGACAGAUCUUUGUUUACAGAUAAAUGAAAAUUACCCUAAAAAUUCUAGAAACUGUCUAGGUUCGGUGUGUCCGGUUUAUCCCAGAUUAGAUGUGCCAAUUACAGAGUUUAUUCAGUAAACAACUUGAAUCUUGUAUUUGUUUCAUCUGGUUUUAUUACUCUUACCCAUAAUCAGUAAUGAUUCUCUGAUCCUCUGGAAAUAUUUAAUGCUUACAUUCCUGCUUCAUGUAUUUAAUUUGUUAGAAAGUAGCAUUGAUUUUAGCAUAUUAAUGUGAUUUCUUAUAUGUCUGCUUUGUUCUGUGUAAGCCUGGAAAGAUUCCAGAGAUAAUUUACCAAUUCUUAAAUAUAUAAAUUGUCAUCAUUUGCGGAAGAAAAAAUGUAUUUUUGUUAGUUUGCAAUAUUAUGAGAUUUCACUACAGAAAAAGCCACUGUUGCUUUGUUUUGUUUCUUCUUCCUUGUAUUUUUAAUGAUUUUCUUUUACUUGAAAAAUGUAUUUGAUUUCCAAAUCUAGUCCAUAUUUACAAUCUAGUUCAGAGCCAAGCCUUAAACUGUACAGAAUUUCCACUGUAAUUAUACUAUUUAGUGUUUAGUUAUAAAUAGCCUUCAAAGAUAUAUUCUCCAUUAUACUGUCAAUUGCAUCACACGGCCCAUGGUGAAUGUAUGUUUCUGCAUAGCAAAAUAAAAAUGGUACAUGCAUUUAAAA